AUGCUCGCUGCUGCCCGAUCCCGCGCUGCUCUCCCCCGCCCUGCAAGGCUCCUCCAGUCCGUCGCUCCCGCUCAGAGGCGGUGGGCGAGCAAGGACGUCAUCUUUGGCAACGAUGCCCGGCAGGGCAUGUUGAGGGGUGUGGACAUCCUCGCGAAGGCUGUUAGCGCUACUCUUGGACCCAAGGGCCGGACUGUCAUCAUUGGCCAAAGUUUCGGUGGACCAAAAAUCACCAAGGACGGUGUUUCGGUGGCCAAGUCGAUCACCCUCAAGGACCCCGUAGAGAACCUCGGAGCUCGUCUCGUACAAGACGUCGCAUCCAAGACAAACGACACCGCCGGUGAUGGAACCACUACCGCCACUGUUCUCGCCCGUGCGAUCUACUCGGAAGGUGUCAAGAACGUCGCUGCUGGUUGCAACCCCAUGGACCUGCGCCGAGGGUCGCAGAAGGCGGUAGAGAAAGUGCUCGAGAUCCUGGAGGCGAACAAGCGGGAUAUCACCACCUCGGAGGAGAUCGCACAGGUUGCCACUAUCUCUGCCAACGGCGACCACCACGUCGGGUCCAUCAUCGCCCAGGCGAUGGAGAAGGUCGGCAAGGAGGGUGUCAUCACGGUCAAGGAGGGCCGGACGAUCGAGGACGAGAUCGAGAUCACCGAGGGUAUGCGGUUCGACCGCGGAUUCCUCUCCCCCUACAUGAUCACGGACGCCAAGAACCAGCGUGUUGAGCUCGAGAAGCCCUUCAUCCUCCUCUCCGAGAAGAAGAUCUCGGCUCUCCAGGACAUCCUCCCUUCCCUCGAAAUUGCUGCCCAGACCCGGCGCCCUCUGCUCAUCAUUGCCGAGGACGUCGACGGGGAGGCGCUUGCCGCCAUCAUCCUCAACAAGCUCCGUGGACAGCUGUCGGUCUGCGCCGUCAAGGCACCCGGCUUCGGUGACAACCGGAAAUCCAUCCUCGGGGACAUUGCGAUCCUUACGGGCGGUACGGUCUUUACGGACGAGCUGGACGUCAAGCUCGAGAAGGCCACUCCGGAGCUUUUCGGUUCGACCGGCUCGGUGACUAUCACCAAGGAGGACACCAUCAUUCUCAACGGCUCGGGCGACAAGGACUCGAUCACUGCUCGGUGUGAGCAGAUCCGGGGCGUCAUUAGCGAUGCCACCACCUCGGACUAUGACAAGACCAAGCUCCAGGAGCGUCUUGCCAAGCUGAGCGGUGGUGUGGCGGUCAUCAAGGUGGGAGGGAGCUCCGAGGUGGAGGUUGGGGAGAAGAAGGACAGGUACGACGAUGCCUUGAACGCGACGAGGGCGGCUGUCGAGGAGGGGAUUGUUCCGGGUGGAGGAACUGCUCUGCUCAAAGCAUCCCUCGCACUCGAGAACCUCGCCGUCGACAACUUCGACCAAAAGCUCGGCGUCACCAUUAUCCGCAACGCCAUCCUCCGUCCCGCACGCACCAUCGUCGAGAACGCAGGCGAGGAGGGCUCCGUCGUAGUCGGCAAGCUCCUUUCCGACUAUGCCUCGGCCGACAAGUUCAACUGGGGCUACGACUCGGCGACGAGCCAGUACCGGGAUAUGAUCUCGGCCGGUAUCCUCGACCCGCUCAAGGUCGUCCGGACGGCGUUGGUGGAUGCCUCGGGGGUGGCAAGUCUGUUGACGACGAGCGAGGCGUGCGUGGUGGAUUCCGAGGAGAAGGGACCGCCUGCGGGUAUGGGUAUGGGCGGGAUGGGAGGCAUGGGCGGAAUGGGCGGGAUGAUGUGA